AUGUCGAUUCCACGCAUCUACAGAAACAAUCGGUACAUGGGCGAAGGUACUGACAACUAUCGACCCGGGGGUUUUCACCCAGUGCACCUCAGUGAUGUUCUCGAUGGUCGCUACCACAUCUUCCGCAAGUUGGGCUCUGGGGGUCAGUCUACAGUCUGGCUGGCUAGAGAUAGCAGUCAGCGAGAACGACGAUAUGUCGCUGUCAAAGUCUUCGGGGCAGAUGCAGGCAUGCACCAGGACAGGGUUGAUCAAUGGUUAAGGCAAGAUCUGCCUCCUCAUGCAGGAGCGGGCUUCGUAGAGAGCCCGUCCCUGGGCUCAUUUACAAUCACCGGGCCUAAUGGCAGCCACUUUUGCAAGGUGCUGGAGCCUCUUGGCGACUCACUCUGUACCAUCCUAGACGAAGCCUAUGAGCGUCGCAGAGAGCUCAACGAUUGUAAACCUGCUCAGUGGAAAGCGCAGAAGGGUGAUGGUUGGUUGACUGCGCCAGCUAAGACGAUCUGCUGGCAGAUCCUAUCUGGGCUGAGCUUCCUGCACAGCAGGCAGGUCGCUCAUCGUGACAUUCGGCCUACAAAUGUGUUUACAGCGUUGCAAUAUGAUCUUUCUUCAUUUCAUGAGAAUGAGAUUCAAAAGUCUGUUUGGCCUACCGAUGAUAUGCAAAAUGAGGAGGACGAGGACGAGAGCAACGACGAAGAAGACGACGAUGACGAAGAUGACGACGACGAUGAAGACGACGAUGACGACGGUGACGAUGACGCCGAGAGUACCAUCUCGGAUCCCCAAGAACGGCUCAGACGAGAACAAGAAGAAGAGGAAGACAGAAAAUGGCUAGAAGAUUUCGACCGCAGGCGCCAGAAAUAUGCAGAGUUUGAAGCAAUCGUCGAUGCCAAAUGGGAGACAUUUGGCCGAGGCGAUCCGCUGGCAGAGCCUCAUUCUGAGGAAUGGAACACGGCCAAUCUCAUGGGUACGCGCAAUGAUAUCGAAAUGCUUAUACGGGCGGAUGGCAAAGACCCUGAGCCAGGCGAGCUCCAGUACACCGUCAGGAGGACAGCUCUACAAGGCCAACUGGAUCUAAGCAAACCAUUCAAGGUUGUUCUAGGUGACUUGGGUUUCGCCUUGCCCUUUUCCAAGUGUGACAAGUACACGAUUGGUACCGAGCAUGUUUAUCGCCCCCCUGAGGAUCUGCUCGACCUGAAACUCACAUACAAGGCUGAUAUCUUCUCCGCGGGCCUCUUUUGCUGGAAGGUCGUGAUGCUGGAUGAGUUGGUCGAGAUGCUGAGCGGGGGUGGCCCUGGAUACAGCCGAUCUCGCCAGCUUUAUGAUCUUGUGCGGCGCCUGGGUCCUAUACCCUCACAGAUGCGAAAGAACUGGAAACAGGCCGACGAGUACAUUGACAAAGCCGGCAAUCCGCUAGACCUAUCGGAACAGGAGAAGUCGAUGUACGAGAAGUCAUUCGACGAGACGAGUUUUCAGUGGGGGGAUAUUUGGCAUCGGGCGAGGAUCCAAAAGCCUUAUGAUAUGCCAGAGAGCGAUAUGGAGGUCUUUGUCGAUUUGAUCUUGAAGAUGCUGCAAUGGGAUCCUAAGAAGAGGCCGGAGGCAAAGGACGUACUUCAACAUGAGUGGUUCAAGGGGUGUCAGUAA